CCUUAGCGGCGGGACUCAGCAGGGCGCGGGCACCAGGGGACGCCGGUGCCGGCUCUGGGGCUCCGUGUGGCUUCGUGCUCUGGGAACGUGCGGGGAUGGGGCAGCGGUGACUCCACUUGAUCGGCGUUGACGGGACACUCUGGGGACCUGGCGCCCCAAAUCCCCAGGCCGAGGGUCAUUCCGGCUUUUCCCAGCGGUGCGGGGCGAGAGGGUUGGGCCGGGCCGGGCAGGCUCCCAGUCCCGGGGGGCGGUGCUCGGGCCGGGCCCAGAGGGGAGGGGCCGGGCCGGUGGGGCGCUGCCGGCCGCCAGUCAGUCAGUCAGUCAGUCUGGGCGGCGCUGCGGGGUCGGGAUGUUCAGCUGGAUGGGGAAGCAGGCGGGCGGGGGCGAGCGGGCCGGCGACCCGGUGCAGACGGUGACCGGGGGGCUGAAGCAGCUGUACAUGCGGCGGCUGCAGCCGCUCGAGGACUAUUACCGCUUCCAGGACUUCCACUCGCCCGCGCUGGAGGAGGCCGACUUCGACAACAAGCCCAUGGUGCUGCUGGUGGGGCAGUACAGCACGGGCAAGACCACCUUCAUCCGGUACCUAUUAGAACAGGACUUUCCAGGCAUGAGGAUUGGUCCAGAGCCUACCACAGAUUCUUUCAUUGCUGUGAUGCAUGGAGAUGCAGAAGGGAGUACUCCUGGAAAUGCAUUAGUUGUGGACCCCAAGAAGCCAUUCCGUAAACUCAGCCGCUUUGGAAAUGCUUUUUUGAACAGGUUCAUGUGUGCUCAGUUACCUAAUGAGGUUCUGAAGAGCAUCAGCAUCAUUGAUAGUCCCGGCAUUCUUUCAGGAGAGAAACAGCGCAUCCGUAGAGGCUAUGACUUCUGCCAGGUCCUCCAGUGGUUUGCUGAGCGGGUUGACCGCAUCAUCCUCCUCUUUGAUGCCCAUAAACUGGAUAUUUCCGAUGAGUUCUCGGAGGCUAUUAAAUCAUUCCGAGGCCACGAUGACAAGAUUCGAGUGGUGCUGAACAAGGCUGACCAGGUGGACACCCAGCAGUUGAUGAGAGUCUAUGGUGCACUCAUGUGGUCCCUGGGAAAGGUGAUUAACACUCCAGAGGUGUUGCGAGUCUACAUUGGUUCUUUUUGGGCCCAGCCUCUUCAAAACACAGAGAACCGCAAGCUCUUUGAGGUAGAAGCCCAGGAUCUCUUCCGAGACAUUCAGAGUCUCCCACAGAAGGCAGCUGUGCGGAAACUCAAUGAUCUCAUCAAGAGGGCAAGACUUGCAAAGGUUCAUGCUUACAUUAUCGGCCAUCUAAAGAAGGAAAUGCCAUCUGUAUUUGGAAAAGAGAACAAGAAGAAGGAGCUGAUCAGCAGGUUACCUGAAAUUUAUAUCCAACUGCAACGAGAGCACCAUAUCUCGCCGGGAGACUUCCCAGAGGUCAAGAAAAUGCAGGAACAGCUGGAGAACUAUGACUUCUCUAAAUUUCAUUCUCUGAAACCAAAGCUGAUUGAAGCUGUGGAUAACAUGUUGGCCAAUAAAAUCGCCCCUCUGAUGAGCCUGAUAAGCCAGGAAGAAAUCAACAUGCCUACACAGAUGGUGCAUGGUGGAGCCUUUGAUGGCACCAUGACAGGGCCCUUUGACCAAGGAUAUGGGGAAGGUGCCAGGGAAGGAGCUGAUGAGGAGGAAUGGGUUAUUGCCAAAGAUAAACCUGUAUAUGAUGAGAUCUUCUACACUCUGUCACCAAUCAACGGCAAAAUCUCUGGGGUCAACGCAAAGAAGGAAAUGGUGAACUCCAAACUGCCGAACAGUGUUUUGGGGAAAAUCUGGAAACUUGCAGAUUGUGAUAAUGACGGCAUGUUGGACGAGGAGGAGUUUGCACUGGCAAAACAUCUUAUCAAGAUUAAACUGGAUGGGUAUGAACUGCCCAGCAUCCUACCACUUCAUCUGGUGCCACCAUCACACAGGAAACCUUUGCAGGUGUCAGAGUGAAAAACACAGGGAGGAGAUUAAGUGAGGGAUGGAGGGAAUUGAAAGCACUCUGAAUCUUUUUACAGAUGAGUUGAACCAUCAAGGCUUAACAUUAGGUUUAGAGGCAAUCUUUAAAUCACGUAUCAGAUUUCACACAAGUUACUGGAACCAGCAGCAUAGUACAGAGGUUACUUGUGUAAUAGCUCUGGCUGACCUUCACUGAGACAGGUUUAUCACAAGUGCCUUUUGUAACUACUUCCACACCUUACAUUGCUAAGAUAGCAAAGCUUUCUCUGAGAAUCACGCUGUCCAUGUCUCACUGUAUUUACAACCAAAAAGCCGAAACGAGGUAGACCACACCUACAAUCAUAUACUAAACAUGAAUACCUAGAAAACACAAAGCUCCCCAGACUGUUUAGCAAGUGGAGGGAAACGCUAAAGCUCAAACUCACCUGUUUCUAGAAGGCAUAGAUUUGUUUAAUAAAGAUACUUUAGGUGCCUUUGUGUAAGUCCGUAUCCCUAGCUUUAGAAAAGGAAGAAAUACAAAGGAGUUUGCCUUCAUGUAUUGCUGUUGAUUUUAAUAAUAAUAACUUGUGAGAAGGAAGGGGGACAUGGGUAGAACUUUUUGUAAGAAUGUUCAGGACAUGAGCAGAAAGAAAAGAAUUUUUACCAGAGAUUAUUUUUUAAAAUCUGCAAUAUAUUAAAACUGUUUAAAUCUGUCAACUGUGCAUUGUGGUAAACAGAAGAGAUGCUUCCUUUUGCUUUGUGCAUAAAAUAAUGUGCAACUGACUCAUCAGCUAAAAAAAGAUUUGGAUCCCCACUGUGUUGGGGGUGGGAAUUUCGAGAUUUCUGUUUAGCUGCUUUGCACAUUGUUUGGUGUAAAUUCCUGAACUUUUCCAGUUAUAGCACUGUUUGGUCCUGGUUCUUGGAAGCAAGGGAAUUCACAUGUUUAAGCAGAAACAGAAGCCUUGUUUUAAAUCAUGAGGGAAGGCUGUGUUGUAUUAAACUUCUUUUCAAGAUACACCAGACCCUCACUAGAAUGCGGGAUUUGGGAUCCAUGCGCGGUACCGUGUUAACACGGGGACUGCGUUAAAAUGAAUUGCAAUUAAAGUAAUUAAAUUUGGGAUCCAUGGCCGUGACCGUAUUAUAUGCAAAUUUGCACUAUAUAGACGCACAUUCUAGCAAGGGUCUGGUGUAUUCAGUGUGCAUGUUCAGGUGGCUUGAUAAAUUCUCUUAGGAUUUACACUCAAGGUUUACAACCAAUUAUAUGGAUAUCUUUAUGUCCAAGUAUUCUUUUUAGUUUCUUUUAUUUCAGCAGAAUUUUGAAUUCUUUCCUUUGUUAAAGGGAAGCUGGCAAAUGUAGAAAAAAUUGUUCCACUCCUACUGUAGCAUCAUUUUCAGAAGGUAGGCCACUAAAGGGCCAAGCCAGCUUCCACUGAAGUUAACAGGAGUCUUUCCACUGACUUUCACAAAAGCUGGAAUUGGUCCCUUAGAGUAGUGCUUCUCAAGCUAUCUGAUGUGAGGGACCGGCAAUUUUUUUUUCCAAUGUGCGCACAGAUCGGCAACCGAUGGCUUGCGGAGUCUGCGGACCACCACUUUGAGUAGCACUGCCUUAGAGCAUUGUUAAUUUAUUAAAUAAAUAUUUGGGAGGGAAAGAAGUGCACCAACACUUCACUUCACUUCACCAUCCUUCCCAAUUGUACAAUCAAAGAAUAUUGAUCAUGUGAGAUACACACAACUGAUUCGAACAUCCCUGUUCUCAGUUCUCCAGAGGAAAGUGAUUCUCCAUCCCCAUUAAUUUUAAUAUGCUUUUUCUUUUUGCACGGGGAGUGGGGGAUAGAACAACAAUUCCUUCCAAACUUGGCAGUUAGUUUAGUUUAUGUGCAUGUGAGUGGGAAUCACCUUAUAAUACAUAUAUAGCAUAAAAGACUAUAGGUAUCAAAAGUACUGUAAUUUUGAGCACUUUUUCCCCUUGAAUCCAAGAAAGGUAGAUUCUGGAAGUACCUUCUGGGACAGACCAAUCCAAAGAGUGAUUGACUAACCUAUUGGGUGAGGAAGGGAGAAUUUCCUGAGAGUAACUAAGUAGGCAGAUUCAUUUAUUCAUGUCUGAAUAGCAAUGACAUUAUAGCAGAAUUUUCAGAAGCCUUUACAGUUCAUUGCUAACUUUGAGCACUCAGCAUAUACCUUCCAGUGAUGUGUUGUACAGCCUCCCUCCAUCUCCUCACCGGUUCCCUAUUUCCUGAGUGUAGUUGGUUGAAAUUUAUAAUUUUCAGGAAUGUCCGUGUUAAGUACUUAAAUGCUCUAAGAAGAUCCUCCCCUACAUAGCUUUUUUUCUCAAGCUUGUAUACAUUCAAGCUCUUCAACUUAGCCACUUACUUCAGUUCUUUCAAUACUUUUGAUCAAUCUAGUAGCUCUUCCAUAUGCCUUCUACAGAAUUCAUGCAUCCCUGAGCAGUCAGACCAAAUCUUAGACAUGGGUCCUUGAUUGAAACUUCACCAUGAGUUUGUAUUGCACAACAGUACACCCUCCAUUGGAUUGUUUUUAAUCAUUUAAUGUAGCUUAGUGUUAUUCUUUGCUGCAGUUUAACAAUAUAUUCCCGUCUUUACUACACUAACAUGUAAUAUGAAGUCUAAAGACAUACACAAUAUUAAAAAACACAGCAAAUGGAAGCAAAAAUUUUAAUCCAUCUUUAUGCAUAUCUCUAGCUUACAGCUAUAGUAAGGUCUUAUGGUAUAUAUGCCAAUAAAUAGUUAUCCAUUCCUAUAUCUGUGUGCUAAUUGUAAAUAUUCCAUUAGAAGGUUCUUUCUUAAGUUGAUUUAGGAACCGCUAAGAUAUUUCAAAGAACUGAUCUAAUUUAUUCACAAAUGAAUGAGAUGCUUUUUGUAAUCAACUGUUAGGUAUAUUACCUUCACUCAGUUUUAUAAGUGAGAGAGGGCUGUCUGUCAACCAUCUCUUCAGCAGCAACCACUUGACUGUUUGUUUGAUACUGCUAGUAUUUUUUGUUAAACAAACCAAACAUCUCAAAUCUCUUAGCACGUCUGUGUAAAACUGAAAAGUAGUACUUCAGGAUCUCAGGUUAAUUUAUAUGUUAAAUCCAUACACACUAUUUCAUUAGCCUGUGGUUAUACCCAGAAAUUACAACUGAGUACCUAAUUCAAAGCAACUCUUCCAAAAGUAAUUAGAUACAUGUUUGUUGAUAUUGAAAUAUUACUAUUGGUUUUUUGGCUGGAGACAAACCCUCUUCUGGAUCAGUUCAGCCAUAAGGUUAUUUGUUGUUGGUGCAUAAGCUCUCAUACAUCCUUGCCCCAGAGUCCAUCUGAUGCCUUGGUCUUUGGAAAAGGAAGUUCAUUCUUCUUGACUGUAGCAACAACAGUCUGAAAGCUCUCCAGUGAGCUUGUAAGAUCUUAUAUAGGCAUAGCGUGUUAGCAGAAAUCUCUGCCAGAAGUCUCCAAUCUGUAUUCUGCCCAUGUGCUGACUGUGCUUUCAUCUGCCCCAUUCUAUGUUCUCUGAGGCUUUCACAUUAACCCUAGCCAACCAGUGUGAUCUGGAGUUCUGAAAUAUGCUUGCUGAUAUCUUAAAUAUAAUACUGAAUACACUACUCCAACUACAGUUAUCACUAGGUUGUGGAGACGGGGUGGGAGAGGAUGGGAAUUUUCUCAGGAUUGCCACGGUCAUACACCAUUAGCUCUUUAACCAUUUUACCAAGACUGAAUAUCUUACGUGUGUCUCUGGUUCUCUGUAUCACUUCCAGCUGCUUUGAAGGUCUGUGUAAAGUUGCAUAAGUCCCUUCUAUGAUAUUCAGUUUUUCAGACGACUUACAUUUUUUCAGGGAUCUUGGCGCGUCUUCCAUCAAGUAGGUUUUUGUGUUUACCUGUACCCAAAGUCUCCAGUUGAAGAUUCUCAGGUAUUCUGCUUUGUUCAUAAUUCCCCUUUACCUUUUCUUUGCCGCUGACUCUUAAUGCUUUGAAAAAAAAAUUUCUCCAGUUUUCUUUUGAUAUUUUUGUGAGGAUUGCUCAGGUUUCCAAUUGAAAUUACCUCUGUUCCUUUCCUCUUUUAUACAUGUUCUUCUGACCUGGUGUUAGGCCUGAUGAAUCCAGUGUGCCCUCUGCCUUGUCUCUCAUGGUGUACAUGAGAAACAUAUACUCAUUUUUGUUGACAAACCCUGAGAACAAAAAGCUGUUCAAAACUGUUUAUGUUGGCUAUGCUAAUUAUCAGAAAAAUUAAAGAUUACUGGAGCAUGUAUGGGAAAAUAACUCCAUUGUCCUGCAGGGGGCAAUGAUUUCUGUUCCUUUUGACUUGUGUUUUAUUCCCUGCUGCUUCUGUGUCACCAAGGCAACUUGUUGACUUCCUCAAAGCAACUGUAUAAAUGACCCUUUGCAUUUCUGGGCCCUUUAAUGCUACCCUGUUUUUGGCCUGAAACCUACUUUCUUAGCAAAGCUUCCUCUUUACUUAUCCUUUUGAGGGAAACAGUUUAUUUUUCUUUUCCUGUCUGCUUUUCCAUGCUUGUUUCCUCUUUGAGCUGAUCAUAGCCUUACACACAUUGUCUGAGUACUUCAUGCUCACUCUCUCCUCUUUCACCUCAUCUAUGGCAGGACAGCAUGUUUUUAGGGUUCCUCCAGUGUUUGGGGGACGUGAGAUGGAAAACAAACCCUUCCCUUACUGAAGAGGAGCUUCACUUCUUCCUUUUAUCUCAGUCGCCUGCAUGUGGGAGGCAGGCACUUCUGAUACUGUCAUGUUACAGGUUUCAGAGUAACUGUCCGGGACAGUGGGGUGGGAGGAGGUAUUGUUUCAUAUUCUCUGUGUAUAUAUAAAGUCUGCUGCAGUUUCCACGGUAUGCAUCCGAUGAAGUGAGCUGUAGCUCACGAAAGCUCAUGCUCAAAUAAAUUGGUUAGUCUCUAAGGUGCCACAAGUACUCCUUUUCUUUUUGUCAUGUUACAUGGGCUGCAGUCAGGGGAACGGAGCAUAAAGAGGCGUGUUUGGUAGCAAGAGAGAGAAUUGCCUUCUAUUAAUGAUGUGAUUUGCACUACUUCCAGGUUUAAUGGGGUUCUCAGUAGUAAAGUCCCUUCUAGCACAAAGUCAAUGGGAGUUUUGCCUGAGAAUGGACUGCAGGAUUUGGUCCAUGGGUGUUUUCAUGAACAGAGUUGUAGAUUGUACAUUCCUUUUUAGGUAAGAAGGAUACCAAAGAGCAAGGGAAAUGGAUACAAUAAUAUCUUUCUUAAAAUCUGCUGGUCCAGACUGUUUUCAACUUAAACUAAUGCAUUCUCCAAUCCUACAUGUGAAGUUGUGCUUUGAGAAGGAACUACCUGAGCGUUACCAGGAUUCUGCUCUGUGUGAAAUCGAUGGAGCCAUUUUAGACUGUGACAGAAUGGUGACGCUACUUUACCCAGACAGGCUUUCAGGCCCUUGUAUCAAGGGUACCCUGCUCUAGUUAAUUAUUCUUGAACACUCAAUCUGUUUUUCAUUACUAUUCCUUCCUUAAUACAGUUUAGUCACCUCCCCAUCCCCAAAACUCCAAAUCAGUUAAGGGCAAAAUUCAGUCCUUAUGCAUCUCCAUUAACUUCAGUGGGGUUGUGCCCAUUUAUGUCAGGGCUGAAUCUAGCCCCGGGUCUGUACAAAUACCUUGUUAUGUUUAAUAGUGACACUGAUCUUCUGUGUAUUUAUACUUGCUACUGUAUUUUCCACUCCAUGCAUCUGAUGAACUGGGUUCUAGCCCACAAAAGCUUAUUCUUUAAAUAAAUUCAUUAGUCUCUAAGGUGCCUCAAGGACUCCCCGUUGUUUUUGUGGAUCCUCUAUGUAAUUUAUGCGGCAGGUUAUAAAAUCACUUUAUUUUUAUGAUAGAAUAUUGUUUUGUUUAAUAGAAAUUGAGACUUUAGAAGCAGUUGUACUGGUGUGAAUGUGUUACAUUUGUAUUAUCUCUGCAAUCGGGCAACUGCACAUCCUAGCACCUUCCCUGAGUAUCUUGGCUACGGAGAUUCACUGGGGGAAAAUGGGAAGAAUCUUUUACUGCAGUCUACUGCAGCGUAGAAGGAAAACAGGAUCUGAAUAGCUGCUGAUCCUCCAGCCCUACACCUGCCUUACCGCUGACCUUUCUGUGUACAGAUACAUAGUGGACCUGGGCUGCAAAUCACCACUGUGUGUAGCCUCCAAAUCUCAACUCCCUGUGACACAAUGGAACCGUAAUUGUUCCACUGCUUUGGGACCUUCCCUACCUGCUGAAGAGAAGAGCAGGAUUGGUCCCUCAGUGACUUGCUGUCAUUCAUUUUCUCUUUCUAGUUUUGUUAGUGAAAAGGUGGUGACACAGCCUUCUUUCCACUCCUCUGUGUGCAGGCUGCCGCUUCAUGGCACUUUCAACAUGGAUAAUGAAUAGAGCCGGUCAAAUUUUCAGAUGAAACAUGUUGAUUUUGCCCAAAUUUUAUUUUGAAACAAAGCGCUUCAUUUCGAUAAGGUCAAAACAUCUCAUUUUAACUGUUCCAUUUCAACUUUUUUAUUUUUUUAUUUUAUGUAAUUUUUAAUAGAAAAUAACUGCCAAAGCAAUGCAGACAAAAGAACCAAGAAUACCUGGACUUUGUUGUGAGAUCAAUACACUGCACUAUCUGGGUCUAAAAAGUUACAGUCCAGCAACUUGUGAACCCAUCAAAAGCGUCUCCCCGCCCUUCCACCUCACAUAUCCUUUGCCAUUCUUUAAAAAGAAUUAUGACACUGGUCGGGAAGAGUGGAGAGAGGGGAAGGAGGAUACAGGAGAGGGAAUUUUGACAACAAGAAAUGUGGCUCCUCCGCUUCAAUGUUCUUUGUCAUUACUAGAGAACUGAGUGAAAUUUCGAGUUUCUAUUUCAUGGCAAAUGCUGCAAUUUUGAAAUUUGCUUUUCUUCCAAAUUAAGAAUUUCCUGCAGAAAAGAAUAUUUAAAAAAAAAUUAUUUUGACCAUAUAAUUUCAAGAAAGUCAACAUUUUUUUCAUUUCAGUGAGGUAAAAAAUGUUGACAAGUCCUAAAUGAAAUGUAUUUUCUGAUUAGUUGCUGGGAACUACGUUACAUCAUCACCACCACCACCACUCAGUUUGACAUUAUUAUUAUUGUGCUCAGGAAAGACCCAGGACUGGGUUCUUGUCUAUACUAGAAAGAGUUUGCCAGGCCUCACCCCAUAUGCCCAGAACCCCCCUAACAUGCCAUACCCGAACCCCACCCACUGAACCUCAACCCCUGCAUCUGGAGCCCCCCUGCACAAAGACCCCCUGCCUCCGGACCCCCACUCCUGCACCCCAGACCACCCUCCACUGAGCUCCCUGCAUUCAAAUCCCCACCCCCCUGCAUCACCAGACACCCACAUCCAGACCCCCACCCUACCAAACCCCACUCCCCCAGCACCCAGACUCCCCCAUUGAGCCCCAACCACCUUCACUUGGAAGCCCUUGCAGAGUCCCAUUGCCCCUGCACCUGGAACCCCCCCAACGAGCCCCUUCUGUGCAUCCAGAUCCCCCCACACCUAGACCCCCACCCCCCACUGAGCUGCCUGCACCCAGAUUGUCCCAAACAGAACCCUUUCAUCCCGCACCUGGAUCCCCUCACACUUGGAUCCUGCCUGGUUGGGCCUGGCUGCCUCAUACCUGGAAGGGCCUUAUAUGUCCACACCCAGUGUACAACAUGUGUCUUUGGUGCAAGGUAUGGAAACUUAUACGGAACCUGCUCUUCAUAUGCCUGUCUCAAGAUAGCGAUAUUAUUAGUCCCUCACUUUCAUCAACUUGCCUACAACACUUAAAAAUGCGUAUCUUUUCUAACAAUGUGCUGUUUCUACAGUUUGAUAGUUUGUCAUUUUAAUUCAGUCAAAGAGUUUAGGAUAUAUUUUCUGUUUUGUGUGUGUAACUUCCUGAGCACUGAGAACAUGCCACUUUGCAUUUUCUAUUUUACACAAUCACCUGUCCUUGUGCCAUUGUUAAAUAUUUAAAGUUCAUGCCAAAGGUAUUGUCUCUCAUUUUUAAGGAAAUGUUUAAUAACAAAUUUGAAUAUGCUUUGUAUCCCUUUCAAGGGGUUGUGAUAACACUUGCUGAUUAAUAAACUGUUAAACUACCUAC